CGGCGUUAUCAACCAGGCCACAGUGCCGUUUGAGCUCAAAAGCCGUCGCUUUGAGAAUCAAGGAGCCAAUCAGAAUCCAGACGAGCCUGCCAUGACCGACUACGUGGUCGUGACCCCGGCGCCGCUGAGCGUCGACGACGCUGUCCGGCAUGUCGAGCAUGCGAGCGCGGGUGCGAUCUCGACCUUCAUUGGCACGACCCGCGACUCGUUCAAUGGCAAGGUCGUCGAGUACCUCGAGUACGAAGGGUAUGUGCCGAUGGCCGAGAAAGAGCUCUUGGCGAUUUGCGCGUCGAUCCGGCGGCAGUGGCCUGGCGUCGUGGGCGUCGCGAUGAUGCAUCGGUUGGGCGUCGUGGCGGUCGGCGAGGCGAGCGUGGUCCUUGCUGUCUCGUCGCCGCACCGCCGCGAGGCGCUCGAGGCGGUGGCCUACGCGAUCGACACGCUCAAGGCCCGCGUGCCGAUCUGGAAGCUGGAAAAGUACGCUGGCGAUUCGCGCAUGUGGAAGGAAAACCCCGAGUGGCGAACCAUGACUCCCAUCGAGUAGCGAAGCACCUCGUCAUUACCACAGGAUAUGUGCAAACUGCCUUAAAGACGAUGCAAUACCAGUGCUAGUAGUAGUUGGUCGAGAGAUAGAGCAUGA